AUGAAUGAAAAUCAAUGUGUUGGAAUAAUCGGCUGUGGAAAUAUGGGUCUUGCUAUUGCCCAUCGUUUAACUUUUUCUGGUUUUACUGUUUUAAUGGGAAGUCGAAAUCCAGAUAUUCGACAACAUGUCAAUUUUGAAAUAACUUCAAUUAUGGAUUGUAUUAAUCGUUCAUCUAUUAUAUUUAUUGCGACUCAUGCUGAACAUUAUACUAAUACUCUUAUUUCACCAUUAGAACAUAAUCCAACAUUAUUUGAUGAAAAAAUUUUAAUUGAUGUAUCAAAUCAACUAGAUAGAAGACCAGAUGAAGAUGAAGUAUCAAAUGCUGAACGUCUUCAAAUAGCUAUACCGAAUGCAUAUGUUGUUAAAGCAUUUAAUACGAUAUCAUCAUUCGUUAUGGAAAGUACAACAGCAGGUGAACCACGAAGUGUCCCUGUUGCUAGUAAUCAUUCAUUGGCAAGAGAUAAAGUAAUAAUGCUUGCUCGAGAAAUGAAUUUCGAUUCAUAUAAUGGUGGUUCACUUCGAACUGCUCGUCAUUUAGAAAAUUAUACACGUUCUCUAUUUCCUCUUUGGAAAAAACCAUUAAUUAUAGCUAUAGUUGUUAUAUGUAUUUGGUUAACUUACACACUUUAUAUGAAAUUUAUAAGUACAAAAACAACAUCAUGGAAUCAAUUAUUUUUACAUAUGACAAAUAAAACUUUAUGUACGAGUGCUAUAACUAUGUUAGCUCUUGUUUAUAUGCCAUCGAAUUUAGCAUGUAUAUUUCAGUUAGCAUAUAGAAAUAAAGAACGACGAUUUCCCAUAUGGCUUGAUACAUGGUUAAUUAGUCGAAAACAACUUGGUUUACUCACAUUUGCUAUCGCAUUAUUUCAUGUUCUUAUUACUUUAGUUCUUAUGUCACCUGCUUAUUAUACAACAUGGUUUCAUCCUGUUAUAAUUACAUUACCAUCUAAUAAAAAUGAAACAAAAAUUAUUGUUCAAAAUAGUUUGAUGACUUGGAAAGGUGAAUUAGCAUCAUCAAUGGGUAUUUUAACAUUACUUUCAAUGUCAUUAUUAGCAUUAGCAAGCAUUCCAGCACUUGCUAAUUUAUUAAAUUGGCGAGAAUGGAGAUUUAUUCAAUCAAAAAUAGGCACAUUUACAUUAUUAUGUGCUAUUGGACAUGUAUUUGCUAUGGCUACACCUCGUUGGAUUGAACUUGGAUUUGUAAAAUCACUUACAUCAGUUGGAUUUCUUUGUGUAUUUUUUCCUCUUAUAACAAUUUUGAUGAGAUUUUUAUUUUGGUUACCUUGCUUUAGUCGACCAAUUCGACGAAUUCGUCGAGGAGAAAACUCAAAAACAAGUAGCUUAAGCAUUCUAUGA